AUGUCAAUAGCACGCAAAGUCCUUCUGGGACGUCCUUCUAACAACUUGACAACUGGAAUUGUAGGAUUAGCUAAUGUUGGUAAAUCGACUUUUUUCCAAGCUGUAACUGAUUCAAAAUUAGGUAAUCCUGCGAAUUACCCAUUUGCAACUAUAAAACCUGAAGAAGCUAAAGUGCAAAUCCCAAGUAAUCGUCUUUCACAUUUAGCCAAGUUGUAUCAAAGUGCAAAAUGUGUACCUGCUACCUUGACAAUGUACGAUAUCGCAGGUUUAAUCAGAGGCGCAUCAAGCGGUGAAGGAUUGGGAUCAGCAUUUUUAAACGAUAUUAGACAUGUCGAUGGGAUUUAUCAAGUAGUUAGAGGCUUCGUUAAGGAAGAAAUCACGCACAUAGAAGGUUCUGUUGACCCAGUGAGAGAUUUAUCAGUGGUACAAGACGAAUUAAUCCUUAAGGAUGUGGAAUUUUUAGAGGGUAUUAGGGAAAAAAUUGGUAGGAAGAUGGGCAGAACUGCUAAAACAUCAAUGGAAUAUCGAGACCUUUCCGUAGAAUUAGAGUUAAUGAACUCUCUUGAGGAACAUCUUUAUGAAGGUCGUAAAAUUAUCCACUUUAAAGACGAUUGGACUCCACAAGAAGUUUCAAUUCUUAACAGGCACAAUUUUUUAACCGCCAAACCCUCUCUAGUUCUAUUAAACGUCAGUGCCAAGGAUUAUAUCUUGGGUCAAAAUCAGUUUGUCAAACCAGUAAAAGAUUGGCUCAAUGCUUACUCUCCUGGCGAUGAAUUAGUUUUGUUCAGUGCAGAAUUCGAAUCAGCCUACAACGAAUUGGGUAGCAAUGCGCAAGAUUUAUUAAAACAUGCUGAAACCACUUGGGGGUUAUCUCAACGCCAAUUGCCGAAUAGUGCUCUUCCUCAAAUUUUACUGAAGAUGAGAGAACUGUUACAUCUAAUAAGUUUCUUUACGUGCGGACCGGCUGAAUCUAGACAAUGGACCAUUAGAGAAGGUACAACGGCACCUGAAGCCGCAGGUGUCAUCCAUACAGAUUUGCAAAAGACCUUUAUUAAUGCGAGCGUAAUCAAAUAUGAAGAUCUCGCCCAAUUGGAACCACCAUUGCAAGAAUCUAUCCUCAAAUCACAAGCAAAGAUUAAGCGUGCUGGUAAACAGUACGAAGUUGAAGACGGUGACGUUGUCUUAUUCAAGGCUGCUGGAGGUAAGGCAAGAUAG